CUAGUUUAGUGCGUUGUGGAAUUUGCGAGGAGCAGCUACUGUGUUACGCAGCUCUGCAUGAUGCCGUACAAAAAAUUAAUGCAUAACUCCAAUAAAUUCAUCCCAAUACAAUUAGCAAACUACUCUCAACUAACUUUCAACCCAUACUGUCAUUUUGAUAACAGCACGUACCAUUUUUCCAAAAAUUUAUCUCAAUUUCACAUUUUUACAUAGUAGCAGUUACAUUUGGCAACAAGGCAAACCUUUUCCCGUUGGCUGCAACAGUCACUUCCUAGUCAAAUAAUAUUCUUCAAUUGCAAACAAAAAAUAAAUUUAUUUCAUUAAAAAAGUCGAAAGUUUUAUUUGAAAAAUUCAUUAAAGUUUAACAAGACAAUUAUUUUCAUUGAGAAAUAAUUUGUCAUUACAAGUUUAUCAACGAGUGUUUUUCUAAUGGGAAUUACAUACAAAACGGACUAGUGAGCGUCAUAUUUAUAUAGAGAUUAUAUUGUGGAAUCUAUGUUAAAAAUUAUUUUCAUCCCUUUGGGCAUCUUGGAAUCAUUUUGAUGAACGGAGAAAGUCAUUGUAUCUUUACAAUAUUGUGACAAAAAGUGUGCUUUGAUUGAUUUUUAAUUAUUACAAAACGAAAGGGAGGAAGGAAUCAUUGAUUGUCAUUUAUACAACAGUGUAAUGAAUCGAAAAAUCAUGGAUAGAAUUUGGAUUUCAAAAAUGACAUAUUCCACUGAUAUAGAGGUGGGCAGCUGAAAUUAAAACCAUUCCAUCGUCUACAUUGUAAAUGGAAAUAAUUUACAAAACCCUAUUUGAUUAAAAUGGAGAGAAUGAGAAGGGAAUAGGAAAAAAAACGUCAGUAAUUCGCUGAUGGUACUUCGACGACAAGGUGUAAAUCCUCCCAGUGAAACGAUGGAGGAACCUGCAAAGAAAAAGCAACGUAUCGAAAAUGAAGAGGAGGAAGAUGAUGCAAUCACCGAAAUCGAAAGGUUUCAAACAAGUCUCCUCGCACAAUGUCUGUGCAAUAUUCCCGAGAGUAGUCUACGUAAACCAUUCACUGGUACGACAAUUGAAACGUCAAAUGGUGAAUAUCGAACGCAAUUACUCUCCGAUUGGGAACCGGAUAAAACACUCGAAUUUAUAAGUGCCUUACAAUUAUUAUUCGAUGUCGCUAUUAAACAGAGUACAAAGCACAUAAUGUGCAGUCGUAUCGCAGACGUUUGUGAAGCAUUAGCACGUAACGAACACGGGAUUAUUGAUCAAAUAAUCGAUCUCUCUGGUACGUCAAAUAAAUUUAUUUCCUUUGCCGCAAGUCGUGCAUUGGCUUCAUUUUUCAUUGUGACCAAGGAGAAUAUUGAACCGGCAUGGCUCGAUCGACUGACACAAUCUUUAUUAAAUACACAUUCACCGAGUCAAAUGCUCUUCACAUUGGACGUGGUGAAGAGGGUGGUCGAGCAUAGGGACGAUCUACGACAUCCCGUCGAGGACGCUGAAAAUCCCGGUGUUUCUUUACAUUGUAAUAUUAUUCAACUAGAUCCCGAGUCGGAGGAUUCAACACCAGUGAAAGCAAUGUGUGUGAAGGCAUUGGAAUCAAAGUGGAUUAUUUUAGUCUCGAAAUUUGACACGAUACUCGGCUCUUAUACACCGCAACAUGAAUCGGCAGUGCUAAUAUUCCUUGAACUUUGGGAAUCGAUAAUAUCGGUGAAGGCAAAUCUCUCGGUGAUUGAUACGAAAAUGUUCUUCUCGCAAUUGGACAAUAUGGUGAUGCAUUUGAAUGUGAAUGUUCCGGGUGUUAUUUGGCGACAUCUUCUUGGAUUGUUUAAUGAAGUUCUCUGCUAUGGGAGUACUUUGUCAUUGCAGGAUAUUCUUCCGGAUGAACCGUGCUCAUUGGCGCAUUUAAUUGUCCGCGCGGUGAAGGAUUGGAGAUUAUUGGACGCUUUGCCCUAUCGGCAGGGUUCAGGGCGUUUUGGUGGUGGUUCUGGCGAUGGUGAUCGACCGUUGUUGCAGAAAAUUGUUCUACUUGUGCUGAAGAGUGUGGCUGUCACGGUGAAGGAGACACGAAGUGAUUCGAGUGAUUCGUCACUGGGUUCGGAGGCUGAGGAUAUCGACGCUGAUAUGGCGGUGAUUGAGAGAAGUAUUCGUGAGGUGUUACGACAAUUGGAUCAUUGUGUGAAAACGCUUUUGCCAUUUCAUCCGGAAAUGCCAUUGUCGCAAUGGGUCGUUCAGGUAUUUAACGAUCAGGAUGAUUUUCUCAUUGAGGGAAUGGUCUGUUGUUUGGACGUGGCCGUUGGAUUAUUUUAUCGAGGUCCACCGCAAAAUGAUUUGGGACCAAUGUUGAGACCAACGUUGACUUUCAUGCAAUUUGUUCGAGCAAUUUCUUACGAUCCAUCGGUACUUGUUGAUUUAUUAGUUGGUACGGAGACAUGUUUUUUACUCUAUCUUCUCAGGUUUUUGAAAUACAUUAAGAGAAAUUGGUCCGAGUUUGUGUCUUGUUGUGGCGAUGAAUUGGACAAUACCAUGACAGUGCUUAUUAGACUGAGAUUAACCGUUGAAAGGCUCGUUUCGAAAACCCUCUUUCAAUACAAUAUCAGUCCGAUUCUUCGUUUAUUAGAAAAAUGCGAAUCGCUUUACGAGGGAAAUGUCGACAAUUAAUUGUAAGACAAUGCUCUAUUUCAAUGUUUUUUUUACCUCUGUAAUUUCAAUUUUCGAAUUUAUUUUUUCAACAUACAACAGAAAUUAUUCUGUACCUUCAUCUCAAGGAACUAUUUUCAAAAAAACGUCAAAAUUAAAAAAAAAGAUGUACAUAUUUUCUGUAAAGAACUAGAAAAACGCUCAGCACUCAAAUAGACGGAAAUAAAUUUCAAUUUUGAACGAAAAUUAGAUAAUUUUUUUCAUAUUGAGUCUUAAUAAAAAUACAAGAGUGCAAUAAAUUUUAAUUAUUAGCUACUGUCCCAGUGAAUAUAAUUAGUAAAUUGGUUUCUUUUAUUAAUUAUCUAGAGAAAAGAAUAGAAAUAUAAAAUACUUUCACAAUUGCAUUGCCUUACAAAUAAUUGACAUUUUUGUACAUAUAAUUAAUUUACAGUAACUAAAUUAUAAUUUUUUUUAACCGAAAAAAAAUUAUUAUAGUCGAUUUAUAAAAGAAAUUCUCAACUUUUUUUUAAAACUCAAAGAUAAUGCUCUCUCAAAAGACAAUAGAAUCAAUUUAUUUAUCGUUUUAUCAAAUUAACAG